AACUGGGAAUGCCAGAGUGAUGGUACCAUGUUAGAAGGUUUUCUCAAAUAAUGAUGAAGGCCUUAUUAACAAAAAGUUACCCAAAGAACUUCUUUUGAGAAUGCUGUUCAGCUUGUUGUUAAGUUUUACUUGGUCUAAUCCAGAAUGUACUAAGUAUGUACGUAGCAUUGGUCUGGAUUCUUUUUGUAAUGUGGCUUGGAACAUCUUAGCCCUGGAUGGAAGCAACUGGCAAAGAAUAGACCUUUUCAACUUUCAAACAGAUGUAGAGGGUCGAGUGGUGGAAAACAUCUCAAAGCGAUGUGGUGGGUUCCUGAGGAAGCUGAGCUUGCGGGGGUGUAUUGGCGUUGGAGAUUCCUCCUUGAAGACCUUUGCGCAGAACUGCCGAAACAUUGAACAUUUAAACCUCAAUGGGUGCACAAAAAUCACUGACAGCACGUGUUACAGCCUUAGCCGAUUCUGUUCCAAGCUGAAGCAUCUGGAUCUGACCUCCUGCGUGUCCAUUACGAACAGCUCCUUAAAGGGGAUCAGCGAGGGCUGCCAGCACCUGGAGUACCUCAACCUGUCGUGGUGCGACCAGAUCACCAAGGACGGCGUGGAGGCGCUGGUGCGCGGCUGCCGCGGCCUGAGGGCCCUGCUGUUGAGGGGCUGCUCGCAGCUGGAAGACGAAGCUCUGAAGCACAUUCAGAAUUACUGCCAUGAGCUCGUGAGCCUCAACCUGCAGUCCUGCUCCCGCGUCUCGGACGACGGCGUGGUGCAGCUGUGCCGGGGCUGCCCGCGGCUGCAGGCGCUGUGCCUGUCCGGCUGCGGCAGCCUCACCGACGCCUCCCUGACAGCCCUGGCCUUGAACUGCCCCCGACUCCAGAUCCUGGAGGCCGCCCGAUGUUCCCACCUGACUGAUGCAGGCUUUACGCUCCUAGCUCGGAAUUGCCACGACCUGGAGAAAAUGGAUCUUGAAGAAUGCAUCCUGAUAACGGACCGCACGCUCACCCAGCUCUCCAUUCACUGUCCCAAGCUGCAAGCCCUGCUCUGCAAGCAGGAAGCGAUGAGGGGAGUGACCACCAGCCCCUGGCAGGUGACGGCCACACACCUCAUUGGCUGAACUUCAGUUCCCAGGUUGUCCUUUUCAUUUUUCACACGAAUGAGGCAAGUGUGUGCACACACCCCCUCCUCCCUUCAAGGAGCUGCUCUGUGAUUCUCCGGAGGACAGGCUUUGUCCUCUCAAAAACCUGAAUCUAGAAGGCAAUCUGAAAGGGCAGCGGAUGCAGACAAGCGGGCUCCAGAUUCAGGAGAACCCAGAGGAGCUCAUGAAGCUUGUGCAGAGGUUAGGGGUCCUCCUCGUUCUUUCAGUUCGCCUGCAGGGUGUGUCAUCAGCGGGCUUCAGUGACAUUAGGGGGCUGUUUCCUUAGUAUCAGAGCCAGUUUUUUUGACUUUUAAAAAAUAUUAAUGCAGCUCAUUGCUCCUAGAAGCUACCCAAGAAUUUUAGCUGUUAUAUUAAAGAAUUAUAGCCAAUAAAAGCUGUAUUACUUUGCUUCUACAAAAGUUUUAGUUUUCACCCUGAUUUAUUAUAGCCUUUACCAGUGAGAUUUAUGCUUUCAUAUAUGUUGUUAUAAUUAGUGCCCUUUUUAGCUUAACAGAGUCCCUUUAACACUUCUUGUAAGGUGGCUCACGUGUGUGUGGCGUGUACUGUGCUGUGUGACUCCACCAGGGGUGGAACUUGGGCCCUGGCGGUGAAAGCCCUGGGUCCUAAUCGGUGGACCACAGGGAAUUCCCACCUCUCCCCUCCCCCAAUUCUGAAUGAUAACCUUGCUGGUAUUCUUGGUUGGAAUCGUUUAUCCCUUUCUUUCAGCACUUAAGAUAGUGCCCCUCCAUUCUGGCCUGCCUGCAAAAUUUCUCCUGAAAAGUCUGCUGUGUAGGUUGCACAUAACAACUUGUUUUUCUCUUACUGCUUUUAAGAUUCUUUAACUUUUCACAUUUUAAUUAUAAUCCCUUAUGAGAAUGUUAGUCCACUUGAUGCGGUCCUGUAAGUCUGUUAGACUGUAUUUUUUUCCUUUCCGCUGCUUUGAUUGGCUGAUUUUCACUACCAGUUUUUCAAGUCACUGACCCUUUUAUCUGCUUCAUCCAGUCUGUUCUUGAAACUCUCUGCUGUAUUUUUCAGUUCAGGGCUGUUCUUCAGCUCCGUGACCCGGGUGCUAGUUUUCCAAAGGAGGGUGUCAGGCCCCCAGCCUGCUUUGGCUGGGGGCACGUCUGGGGGCCUCUCGCCAGAAAGAUGGGGCGUCUCGGCCUGCUGUCUGCACAGUGCCUGGGGUGGUAGUCUGCCAGGAGUCUCUUCUCAUGUUAAAAGUCCCGAGAGAGCCAGGAAUACGAGCCCCCUUGGGCCGUCAGGGUCAGGUGAGCGAGGAGCAGCCCAUAUAUGAAGACGGGGGCACAGGCAACUGUAAAACCUCCCCUCUGGGAGACGCUGGUGCCCAGUGUGGGGUUCAGUGAGAAACUCCAGGUUUUGAGUUCCCUCCUGAUGGGGGGGUCUCUGGCCUCAGGGGUGGGGUUCAUGACAGACCGCGGCCUCCCCUGCCCACUUACACCGGCUCCUCUCCUCUGCCCAACGUGGAGAGGUUGGCCAGCUGGUUUUUGUGUUUUUUUCCGGAGGCAGCUGGUCCCUGUGUAGCUGUAGACUCGCUGUUUGCGGGAAGAGAGCCUGUCCCACUGCGAGCUCAUCACGGACGACGGCAUCCUGCACCUGAGCAACAGCC